CAAUCCGUCCCGUCAAAUCCGAUCCUACGCGGCCAGAGCUCGCUGGUCGCCCGCCGCGGCAGCCCAGUCCCCACCAGUCCAGCACGCCACGGCGCUAUUCCUCGGUACCCGGCUCUCGCUAGUGGCUACGCCUAGGAUCCUAUCUACCCGCGCGACGUCCCCACCUAUCCACCCGCGCGAGCGCAACUUCGCAAUCCGCCCUGGCUUGUCUUCUCGCCUCGACCCCCCAGGCCCCCGCGCAGGUGUUGGAGUUCCUCGGCGGGCGCGUGGGAUGGCCUCAAUCGCGCCGCCGUCUUCGUCCUCGUGCACUCGUGGAAAACACUUUCACCGGCCGAAUAACAUCUAUGGUCAAUCCAGGACUUCUUUGUUGCAUUGUGAUACUUCACUUUUCUUGAGUUCCGCAUCAAACAGUUUGAGGACAAUCGGAUCCAUUCGCUUGAAAAAUACACACCGACUCAGAAAGUUGCAUGUAUCUCAUGCUGGGGGUGAUUCAUCAGAGCAUGUUAUUAUAAAUGGCAAGGCCAAUCUAUCUAAUGCCGUUCAAGCGGAUGCUGUUGCACUUGGGACCAUUGCAGCUGAUAUGGCUCCUGCUGUUGAUGGGUUUUCUGCUGCUGAUGAUGAGCUUGACCUAGAUUGCCCCACAGAGGGUUUCUCAUCUAUACCUGAAGCUAUUGAGGAUAUUCGUCAAGGAAAAUAUGUUAUUGUUGUGGAUGAUGAAGACAGAGAGAACGAAGGAGAUCUUAUAAUGGCAGCAUCAAAGGUCACACCUGAGGCUAUGGCAUUCAUAGUGAGGCAUGGCACUGGGAUUGUUUGUGUUAGCAUGAAAGAAGAAGACCUGGAAAGGCUACAACUCCCUCUUAUGGUAACGACAAAAGAAAAUGAAGAGAAACUGCGGACAGCCUUCACUGUUUCAGUGGAUGCUAAAGAGGGAACUACGACUGGGGUUUCAGCUAAGGAUCGGGCAAAUACAAUUCUAGCACUUGCAUCUCCUAAUUCUAAGCCGGAGGACUUCAACCGCCCAGGACAUAUUUUUCCUCUUAAAUAUAGGGAAGGUGGUGUGCUGAAAAGGGCUGGACAUACUGAAGCAUCAGUAGACCUUGCCAUGUUGGCUGGGUUACCUCCUGUUGCAGUUCUUUGUGAAAUUGUUGAUGAUGAUGAUGGCUCCAUGGCUUUGUUGCCAAAACUGCAAGAAUUUGCUAAGAGGGAGAACCUGAAGAUAAUAUCAAUAGCAGACUUGAUUAGAUAUAGGAGGAAGAGAGACAGAUUGGUUGAAUGUGUUUGUGUUACACCCUUGCAAUUACAAUGGGGAUCAUUUAAGGCAUAUUGCUAUCGAUCUCUUAUUGAUGGGAUGGAACACAUUGCUAUGGUCAAGGGUGAUGUUGGGGAUGGCCAGGAUAUCUUAGUGCGAGUGCAUUCAGAGUGCCUAACUGGAGAUAUAUUUGGGUCAGUGAGGUGUGAUUGUGGGAAUCAACUUGCUCUGGCAAUGACCAUGAUUGAGAAAACUGGCCGGGGUGUAGUAGUUUACCUUCGUGGUCAUGAAGGUAGGGGCAUUGGGCUGGGUCACAAGCUUCGGGCCUACAACUUACAGGAUGAUGGGCGGGAUACUGUCGAGGCUAAUGAGGAGUUAGGGUUGCCAGCUGACUCACGGGAGUAUGGUAUAGGUGCACAGAUACUACGUGAUCUUGGUGUCAGGACCAUGCGGCUGAUGACUAACAACCCUGCGAAGUACACUGGACUCAAGGGUUAUGGUUUAAGUGUCCUGGGCAGAGUGCCAUUGCUGACACCGAUAACCAAUGAGAAUCGGCGUUAUAUGGAAACAAAGCGAUUGAAGAUGGGGCAUGUUUAUGGAAACCACCCUAGUGGUCAUACAAGGGAAAAGCAGCAGGAUCAGAUUGACAACGCCAACCGGCAAGAGCAAACUCGAGAAGUUUGAAAUUACCUCCAUGCUUCUUCUGGCAGUAAAUAGAAUCCACAAUUUGACUGCAGUAACUUUUUUCUGCUGCUCUAGUUCUUUUUUGGAAACAUCUGCUGGUCGAAGUUUUGGUCAUAUGUAAUUCACCAGUUCUAUUGUCAUUUGUUGAUUAUGUCCACUCUAUUCGGGGGUCAGAGGACCUCUCGGAACGCAGAUGAAUAUGCCCUCUUAGAUAGUUUGAUGCUUUUUAUGUUCGGUAUAUUUUGAUUCCGCUAUGAAGACAUUUGAUUGA